AUCACUUGCUCCAGUCGAUUGUACACACAACCCGAUAGCAUUCAGAUACAUGUACUUAACUAAUGUGCGCCGACCGAGCUACUGCUAAACAUUGAAAUAUUUAACGAACUACAAACAUUUCCAAUCAUGUUGGUAUAUUAUAUUCUCACUCUGAUUAUAAGCUAUGUCUGGGCAGACGGUGUAUCAUUUCAACGCGAGCAGCCUGUUUGUCCUCCCGGCUGGUUGGCCUGGCAAGACGCCUGCUACAUCUUGCUGCCUGACAAGAUGAAUUGGUGGCAAGCUAAGACGGUUUGUGACCGGCCCGGGAGCAGCCUGGUCGUUCCCGACUCGCAGGAAGAACAGGACUUCAUCUGGCGGGAAAUGAGGUCCCGAAUGGAGAAGAUUGUCGGAAAUUCAACGACAAAACUGCAACUUUGGAUCGGCUGCACAGAUUUUGAUAAUACAGGGCUACUAACGUGCAUCGGUGUCCAGGGUAGGCCUGGAUUUACCAAGUGGAGCAAAGGAAACCCGCAUACAGACGAAGGUCAAGAUUGCAUCAGAAUGGAUCAAAAGUAUGAAGGGAGAUGGGGAGACAGCGGGUGUAAUGCCAAACAUUUCGGCGCCUGUGAGAUGCGAGUCUCUCGACGCUUGUACUGCCUGCAAGCUGAUGCUGACGGGCGCUUCACACCCCAGUGUCUGCUAAACCAUGAGAUCAAGAACCUGACGGCCGCGGGAGUAAUUGGGUGUGGUCAGGCGUGCUGGGCGGAGCCUCGAUGCCACUCCUUCAAUCUCUGGCAGAAGGGUGAUGACAAGAAAGUCUGUCAGCUCAACAACGCGUCUAGCAUCGAGGCUGACCCAGCCUUUUUGAAGAAAGUCGAGAGCUGCAACUUUUUCGACCUUUAGAGAGAAAGUGUCUUUACCAAUUUCGAACGGUGGAAUCUGCUUUGACUCUGAAAUUAUUGUUAUGAAAUUAAUGUUGUGAAUAUCGACGUAGAACUUUAACAAACAUUCAGAACAGAUCAGUUUUUAGAGCUACUUUCGGAGCAUCUUGCAAGGCGAGAUGCAGUGCAUUGACUGAUUCCUUGAUGUCUUUUGACUCUUCAAUUAGAUGUGAACUUUAAUCGUCAUCGUGAACUUUUUGAAGCUUGUAGGCAAAACACCACUGGCGUAUCUUGUAGAAUCUGCUUUGACUCUCAAAUGAAUGUUUGGAAAUUAAUGUUGUGAAAAUCGACGUAGAACUUAAACAGUCAAAACAGAUCAUUUUUAGAGCUAUUUUAAGAACAUCAAGGCGAGAUGAAGUGGAUUGACUGAACUCUUCAAUUAACUGUGAACUUGAAUCGUCCUCGUGUACUUUUUAAAGCUUGUCUUAUGAAAAACAUUACUAACAUACUGUUGUAA